CUUCCCUCCCUCUCUCUCUCUGCUCUCGUAGGUCCACAAUGGUACAGCCAGCAUCAGCAAACCUCGGUUCCGUCCAUCACUGCUUUUUUUCUUUCUUCAUCGUCUUGUUUUGAGUCUUUUUUGUUCUCCUCCUCACCUCUUCGCCAUCUUUAUGCACGUUUAAAGUCAGCCUUUAGCUAUGGUCACCGCAAUGUUUCUAAUCGGGAUGUUUUGAAAAAGGACUGUCACCGGACUGGGAUCGUCAUCAGCUGGCACGGAAUGGUAAGGCCGGGACACACUGGAUUAAAAGAGAUGCAGCCACAGAGGAAGGUAUUUAUGAGCAGACAUUUCUUAUAUAACUGCAGCCAACCAAUCCUGGAUGUGAAGAUAGCCUUUUGUCAGGGUUUUGGAAAACAAGUGGAUGUGUCAUAUAUCGCCAAACAUUACAACAUGAGCAAAAGCAAAGUGGACAACCAGUUCUACAGUGUGGAAGUGGGAGACUCCACCUUCACAGUUUUAAAACGUUACCAGAAUUUAAAGGCCAUUGGCUCUGGAGCUCAGGGAAUUGUCUGUGCGGGUUAUGAUGCUGUCCUGGACAGAAAUGUAGCCAUCAAGAAGCUGAGCAGACCCUUCCAGAACCAGACCCAUGCCAAGAGGGCAUACCGGGAGUUGGUGCUCAUGAAAUGUGUCAAUCACAAAAAUAUCAUCAGUUUAUUAAAUGUCUUCACACCACAGAAAUCAUUAGAGGAAUUCCAGGAUGUGUACCUAGUGAUGGAGCUGAUGGAUGCCAACUUGUGCCAGGUGAUUCAGAUGGAGCUCGACCAUGAGAGAAUGUCCUACCUGCUCUACCAGAUGCUGUGUGGUAUCAAACAUCUGCACUCAGCCGGCAUUAUUCACAGGGAUCUCAAACCAAGCAAUAUAGUGGUGAAGUCAGACUGCACCCUGAAGAUCCUGGACUUUGGUCUGGCCAGGACCGCAGGCACCAGCUUCAUGAUGACCCCUUAUGUGGUGACUAGAUACUACAGAGCCCCAGAGGUUAUCCUUGGCAUGGGAUACAAAGAGAACGUGGAUAUAUGGUCGGUGGGGUGCAUUAUGGGAGAAAUGGUGCGCCACAAAAUCCUCUUCCCUGGGCGGGACUACAUCGACCAGUGGAACAAGGUAAUUGAGCAGCUGGGCACACCCUCACCAGAUUUCAUGAAGAAGCUUCAGCCUACAGUGAGGAACUACGUCGAGAACCGGCCAAAGUACACAGGUCUCACCUUUCCCAAGCUCUUCCCUGACUGCCUUUUCCCUGCCGACUCUGAGCACAACAAACUCAAAGCUAGCCAGGCCAGAGACCUGCUGUCAAAGAUGCUGAUCAUCGACCCUGCUAAACGGAUAUCAGUGGAUGAAGCCUUACAGCACCCCUACAUCAACGUGUGGUAUGAUCCAACUGAGGUGGAGGCGGCCAGGGAUCUCAUCCAAAUAUCCAUGCCUCCACCUCAGAUCUACGACAAGCAGCUGGAUGAAAGAGAACACUCCAUUGAUGAAUGGAAAGAACUAAUUUACAAAGAGGUGAUGAACUUUGAGGAGAGAACGAAGAAUGGCGUUGUGAAGGGACAGCCUUCACCUUCAGGUGCAGCCGUGAACAGCAGCGAGAGCCUCCAUCCCUCCUCAUCCAUAAACGACAUCUCCUCCAUGUCCACCGACCAGACCCUGGCCUCAGACACUGACAGCAGCCUGGAGACCUCUGCAGGACCCCUGGGGUGUUGCAGGUGACUAGCCGCCUGCCUGCGAAACCCCAUGUUCUUCCGAAGUGUAUGAUCGGUCCCUCCACCACCCCACGGACUGGCCCACAGCCCUGCAUGUCAUUGUGUACCAUUAACCCCUCAUAGGUACAGGAGGUUGGUCUGUUUCACUGUGGUGUUGCCACCAGGAAAUGCUACUUAUUUAUUUGACUGUCUGAAAGAUAGAAGGCUUUUAGAAAGAGAUACAAAUGAUACAGCAGGUAGAUUAAAGGCGGGCGAUGAGUGUUAACCUCGUAGCAAUGUAUCUUUUUGUUCUAAAGUAAACUCAUUUUACCACACACUACACAAAAGACAAAAAUGUUUUUGUCAAUAAAAAAGGAUCUGGGAUAGAGGCUACCCAACAGUUAUGUUAACUACAUUAUUUCUUAGGUGGAAGAUUUAUUUAUUUAUUUAUUUAUUUUGAUAGAUGGAACCUGAAUAUGGCAAGUGCCUUUUGGAAUGAAGCAUUGCAAGUGCAGAAAUUAUAUAUAUUUUUUGGUUAUUUUUUUCUCUGCUUCUUCUUUUUCUGCCUUAAAACUGUCUGAAUCCCCAAGCCACCAACAUUGGUGGAAAAAUUUAAGGAAGAAAAACACAGUUUGGCCAGAUGUUGCCGCUUUUACUUAAGUUUCUAAAGUGACAUUUUGUGGUGUGAAAUCAAAUUGCUCUCUUCAGAUUGUAUGGCUUAAGACGUACGUAUGCUCAUACUAGUUUUUGCACAACAUGAAAGGUUUUCUGCCAUUUUCCAUAAGGAUUUAAUUUCUCCUUAUAACUGAAUCUCUAUAAAAUAGUGUGACCAGAUUUUCUCAAACUGGGACAUCGUCCAGUUACAGCCCACUACUGUAGGUCACAUCCAAUCGUUGAUAUUGCACCCAGAGCCAAUGCCAUCUGAUGUCCAUCUUAAUCACUGCUCACAAUAACAUUUUAGCUACAUUAGUUAAUUUAUGUUUUACUGCAGCUUUCUUCUCAUGCUUUAUAUAAAAUACAAUCCAACGAGAAGCAGGUGAUCUACAGUAUAACAUGUUUAUUAGUUUGUGUAUGUGUUAUUUAUACUUAGUUAUAUAAUUCCACUGUCAUAUUCCAUGUUCUCAGGCAGGUUGUGUGGGUUUAUGGGAAAAGAACCAUUAACAGAAGUUGGGUUGAGAAAUCAGAUUUUACCAGCAAAGAAAUAACUUCAAUAAACAUUUUUUGUUGUUAGAUGGACAGACAUUCUAGUGUUUGUGUGAGAAACAGAUUACUACUUGCUUUAUGCAUAAAAAUUGGAUUACCUGUCAUCACUUGACAAUCUGGUAACUGACAACAUACAAAGAUAAGGUUUCUGGACACUCAAGGAUGCUUAUUGCCCCUUGAUGAAUCAAACACAGACAUCUGUGAUUGUUUUUUGCACGUCAAAACAACAACUUUUUAAAAUAUUUCCUACUUAUGGAAAUUGCAUGGCUCAUAUGUCCACUAGUUUAGACUAAAGGUUCAAUCCCAGUCGUGACAUUGUUACAUCAUUGAGCAGUAAUGACAGCAGUGUUCAAGUGGACACCUCACAUCUAACUGUAAUCUCCGGUUCAGCUGCUACAGCACAGUGGUUUCCUUUCUGCAUGGAGUCUUCCUAAAGCACCCUGUCCAUGUACAUACAAUGUCUCAAAAUCCCUCCCCCCAAAAAAAUGAUAUACAUAACUUCUAAUGGCUACUUUGUUAACACUCUUUCUGCCUUUGGCUUGUGUACAGUGAACCACACACAGACUUACAGUACCUGACACAGAGGGUCACUGAGGGUGGCAUCUACAGAAUAAGCGACAGCUAGAUCAGCUUUCUGGUCAGGGUCUGGCCAAGGCAAUCUUUUAAAAAAACAGGGUGCAACUUUGAAAUUCUUUGUGUGUUUAAAAUGUUGAAUCUUUCACAAAGGGGUCUAAGUGUUUUGAGUUGACUCCUACAACCACAUAUAAUCACAACACUGUUGCAGUCAUUGCUGCAAGGGCAUUCUUACCCAUCCCAACUGCAUUCUUCUUCUCAAGUACAAAUACUGAAACAUCCUUUUUUCUUUGUCUUUCUCUGAAUGUGAUCUUUUUUUAUAAAGACAUCCCUCCAGACAAUUAUGCUGUAAUAAAAAAAAGGUGCUUUUGGUUCUGUUUAAUGCGCCUGAAUUUGAGAUGAUUUCUAACAGCUGGGUUGUCAGCACUGAAUGUAGAAAUGAAUUGUUUCACUUACGUCAUUGCUGCUCUGCUUUGUCAUUAGUGUGUGUGAUUUCAAAGGAACCAGCAUUCAACACAAACUGUCUGUAAAGUUGAAUUGGAAGAUAUGAUCUGGCAAUCUGGACAGAUUAUCCAACAGUUCAUGUUUUCACAUCUUUCUUUCAAUACAGGAUUUUGUGAGAUUGCUUUUAAGAAUGUUGAUGGCGCGUUGGUACAGUUGUGUGUUUGGAAGUAGUUCAUGUGUGUAUUCACGUUUAGUCACAUAAACUUUAGAAUUUAGAAAUGUGUCUCCUACCAAUCCUGAUCCUAAUUUUUGUUACGAGGGAUUUGAAAUUAUCUCUUGUCGAUUCAGGAUUAGGCCAAAUUCAUGCCAUUCAUUUCUAAUCUCAAUAUGGCUGACUUGUCAUUCAGCCAUAAUGUUUUGCCAAUAUAAAGUCAGAAGUUAGGAUACAUCUUAUACUCAGCUGUGCCAACAUAAAAUCUUUGGACUCAGUAAGUGAGACCCCCAGUUUAUUAAUUUUCACCUUUUUCUCUCAAGUCAUAUUGUAAAUAACAACAAUCCAACAAUGCAAUAAACAGUUUAUUGCACUCAGACAGGGAGGCAAGCUACUGCAAGGGUCGGGUGACGCUAACAUGUUUAAAUGUGGAUGAUUAAAAUGUGGAACUCUACAAUGAUGAAUCCCUGUAUAGCUCAUCUGAAUCAGGUGAUGUUGUUCUUCAAUUCCUUUUCGAUUCCUUCUCUCUUGUUUCUUUUACUCCGUGCUGUUUUAAUGAAUCAUUCUUUUGACAUUGUCAGGUUGAAAAAAAGAAAAUAAAUUGUAUCUGUUUUACGCUGAUCUCAAAGCUUCAGGCUAUGGCGUUUCAAAUAAAGUCAAAACAAUGCUAAAAGAAAAAGAAAAAAAUGUACUGAAAGCUGUUACUGUAAACACAACAUUUUAAAGGAACUGUGUAUGUAAAAAUAGUAUAUGUAUGUGAUUGAAAAUAAAUAAAAUCUUUGAUCUUG